AUGGAGCGCCUUCCCUCUGCCGCGGCGCCUCCGGAAAGCUCAUUUAGCCCCGUUACUGGCACCUCCGACAGCGACGUCAAUGAGUGCUCGCGUCGAAAUCUUGGCGUUGCCACCGCUGAUGUGCGAAAAGAUGAGCGCCCUUGUCUGGCGUCGGCAGAAAGGUCCUCGAACUUGAGCGGCUUGUCCCCGCGGGAGGGGCCCACGAGCAGGGAGGGGGGCAAAAGUAACCCACUGCAGGGGAUAUCGGCGGAGUAUGUGUCGUCGUGUGACUCGAAAUUGGGACUCGAAUCAUCUUACUGCGAGUAUAACUAUACUGGAAGUUGUUCGAGCACCUUCGAGAGCGGAGUUUCCUUGAAGCCAUGCUCAACCGUUGCGUACCACCGCUCCUCCACCUCGGUCUUCCGCCCAUUGUCUGAUCGCACCACCAGCGGGGUUGACCAACUCCUCGAAAUGGUGGCUCGGUCUGCCACUCAGCUGUACCGUCGGCCGCUCGGGCUCAUAUUGGAGAUUGUCGUUCCACUCCUGUUUAUCGCCACCACGAUUGCCUUGUGGGGCAUCUGGGGUGAUAUACCACACCCAGAGGCCUCCUUUGUUUCUCCCCCAAAUACGACGGUGGGCAUGCUGCCAGCACCCGAGACGAUAGGUGCGUGUUGGAAUGAGAAGGCGUACGCGGACCACAUCGGCUCGCUUCCACCCUGCUCCACGGUCAGCUACCCGUACACGUGUGAUGGGGACAUGACCGCCACGCCGUUUCCGCCCGAGUCUAUCUGCCGCAACGACGCGGUUCCCUUCGUGGAUAUGACGUUGGCCUACUUGACCUCGCUUGUGGGCCACCUCAGUCGAGUGCCGUCACUGGACACCAUCAUCACGUUUCAGAUGCUUGCCCAGAUGCAGCUCAAGCCGCUGACUGAGCUUGGCGCAAUGGCGGUCAGCAACCUGCACCCUGUUAUGUCCUUUAACGCUAUCAUCGCAUCCGGUAAAGUAUAUAUCGUUGGUCAGCUCAACUUCACGAGGAAGCUCAUCGAGCACAUGAACGCCGAGUCUUCUCUUUUCUCGUUUUUCAACGAUGGCAAUGUCUACGCCUCAGUGGAUGAGGUGUGGAGCGCAGUUCCGGCUGGCUCGAUGGUAUGGGCGAUUGUGGAGCUCCGUUCCUCCAGUGCGCAGGGACUUGACAUGGUGCUGCACAUGAACAACUCGGCUUUGCCGUCGCUGGGCACCACGGAUGAUCUGACGUACCCCGGUGGCGUACUCAAUGACACAGCGGAGGUGUACAUCGCCUCCGGCUUUCUCACCCUGCAGCAGACCGUGACAGAGUUCUACCUCUCCUACUACGGCCUGUACACGACUUCUCAGACACAGUUCUUGGCCUCCUUUCCACACCCGGAGUACUUCCGCACGCCACUGUUGACGAGGUCACGGGAACUCCUUUCCUUUGUGUUCGGCGUGGCCUUUCUGUACAGCGUGUCGCAGCAGGUGAAGCGGAUCGUGCUGGAGAAGGAGCUGCGGAUCCGCGAGGCGAUGCUGAUCAUGGGGCUGAGGCAGUGGGCGAUCUACGUGAGCGAGUUCGUUGUGCAGCUGGCGAUUUUUGUGCCGACGUGUGUGUUGUGCGUGGUGAUGCUGAAGCUGACGUACGUGACGAAGAGCGACCCGCUGAUCCUGUUCCUGAUCUUCUUCCUCUUCUCCCUCACGACGAUCCCGCUGUCUGGCAUGAUCGCUGUCUUCUUCAGCAAGUCGCGUCUGGCGUCGCUUGUGACGCCGGUGAUCUACUUUAUCUUGGUGAUCCCGAUGUUUGCCAUGACCAACACGCAUGGCUCGAUCGUGACGUGGCUCUCGCUGCUCUCGCCGACCGGGUUUACUGCGGCGCUGAACGUCUUCCUGCUGCACGAGUCUGGGAGCGGGUGCGGUGCAGCGCAGAUGACGUCGAGUCGCGACAGCCCGACACUGGCGGUUGUGCUUGGGAUGCUGUCGGCGGACUUCUUCAUCUACUACGCGCUGAUGCUCUACCUCGACGCUGUUGUGCCGAAGGAGUGGGGCACGCCAAGACACCCGCUCUUCUUCAUCAUGGACCCGGUGCGGUGGUGCUUCAACUCCAAGCCCCAGCGCCUCGGGGGCGGCGCCGACGGCCGCGCCGAGGAUGGCGUGUUCGAGACGUCCGACUACUCGAAGGACUGCGUGUCGUUUGAGGGCAUUCGCAAGGAGUACUUGCGCGGCGGCAGGACGUUCGUUGCGGUGAACAACCUGUACUGGGGGAUGCGCGAGGGCGAGAUCUCGGUGCUGCUGGGGCACAACGGCGCCGGCAAGACGACGGUGCUGAACAUGAUGACGGGGAUGGUAUCGGCCGACGCGGGCGACUGCUACAUCUACGGCAGCUCGGUGCGGACGGCGAAGACGGACGUGCGGCAGCAGAUCGGCUACUGCCCGCAGCACAACAUCCUGUGGCCGGAGCUGACGUGCCGCGACCACCUGGAGUUCUUUGGGCGGAUCAAGGGGCUGCGCGGGUGGGAGCUGGAGAAUGCUGUCUGUCGGAUGCUGUACGAGACGGGCCUGCUGGACAAGAUGGACCAGCCCGCGAAGAGCCUGUCGGGCGGGAUGAAGCGGAGGCUGUCGCUGGCGGUUGCGUUUGUUGGCGGGAGCCGCCUUGUGUUCCUGGACGAGCCGACUGCCGGGCUGGACGUUGGCGCGCGGCGGCAGACGUGGGAGCUGCUGCGCCGCAUGUCGCGUGCGCGCACGCUGCUGCUGACGACGCACUUCAUGGACGAGGCCGAUCUGCUGGGACAGCGGAUCGGGAUCAUGAGCCACGGGCGGCUGAAGUGUACGGGUAGCAGCCUGUUCCUCAAGUCGCGGCUCGGCGUGGGCUACAACAUCGUCAUCUCUGUCGACCCCGAGCUGGACCCCGCUGCUGUGGACGACGCGGUGCUGGGCACGGUGGAUGGCGCGAAGCCGCUUGGGCGGAACGGGUGCGAGCUGUCGUACCAGCUGCCUGUGCGGAGCGCGAGCCAGUUCCCGGCACUGCUGGCCGAGAUCGACUCCGUGGAGGCGGACGGCAUUCGCGGCUACUCGCUGGCUGCGACGACGCUGGAGGAGGUGUUCCUGAAGGUGUCCGAGGAGGACAUCGCGGGCCGCAGCGAGGCUGUGUCGCAGGCGAGCGUGGAGCGGAUCUGGAACUGCGAGGUGGCGCCGUCGGCGCUGUGGUUGCAAUUCCGCGUGUCGAUGGCGAAGCGCCUCUGGAACGCGCUGCGCGACCGCAAGAUGCAGUGCUUCCAGAUUGUGUGCCCAGUCGUCUGCAUUCUGAUCGCAAUGCUGCUGAGUCUCGUGCAGUACCGCGACCCUCAGUCGCUCACCUACGACUAUGCAAUGUUCGCCGGUAAGGCAAAUCCCGUGGUAUUGACAGCCGGCUGCGACGCGCUGUGGGGAAGCGAGCCGCGCCCGGUCGGGUAUGAGGUGAAUGAGACACAUUUUUCGACAAGUGGCAUGCUCUCGGACUACCUGCUGGACACGUGGUACGUGCACGACGUGUCGCGCUUCGGUGGUGUAGCGUGUAAUGAUCCCGAGAUGCGUGGCAACUUGUCCUCGUAUGUUCAAAACGUUUUCUUCGUGAAUACGAGCUCGCGUCAUCAGGCUGCUAUCAGCCUUGCCACGUACUAUGACCUACUUGCAAAGAAGAGUGGAGUGGAGGGGGUUUACGUCAAGCACAGCGCCACUUUGAUGCAUAAGCCGGAACCGUUGAGCGGCUUGACAUUCUUCUUCAUGGGCUCCCUCAUCCUGAUUCCCAUGAGCUUUUUGCCGUCGAAUCCCGUGGCGUGGGUGGUGAAGGAGCGGCAAUGCGGCUCGCGGCAUCUGCAGAACCUGUGCGGGCUGAACUUCUUUGUGUACUGGGCGGCGAACUUUGUGUUCGACAUGGCGGCGUACUUCGUCACGAUGCUGCUGUGCAUCCUCAUCUUUGCCAUCUUCAACCGGCAGGAGUUCAUCGGGCAUGACCGCAUUGGUGGCACGCUCGUGCUGUUCGUUGUGUACGGUCUCACGAGCACCGUUGGCGCGUACGCGCUGAGCUUCCUGUUCAAGGAGCACUCGUCUGCGCAGACGAUGGUGAUGGCGGUGUGUUUGGUGCUCGGUUUUCUUUUAAACGUCACGGUGUUUGUGCUGACGCUUCGAGAGGAUACCACGAGCAUAGCAGACAACCUCCGCUUCGUCUUCCGACUCAUACCCUCCUACGUUGUUGGGGAGGGUAUCGUAGACCUCUUGAUGUUCAAUAGCAUCCGCAUUAUUGGGCGUGCACAAUCUGUCUGGGACAUGGACCAGCUUGGGUGGCCGCUUGUGUACAUGUCGGUGGAGUUCCCUGUAUUCUGGCUGAUCACACUGUUUGUAGACCACCCUGCGGUGGGGCAGUUCUUCGACCGACUGAGGUAUAACCCCAGCACGGAGCCCAUUUUGGCCCCUGAUGAGGACGUUGAUGUCACGGAGGAGCGCGCCGGUGUGCUCAACGCGUGCAAGCAUGGCGACUGUACGGAUGUGGUGCGCGUCGUGGACCUGCAGAAGCGAUACCGAAACGGUAAUGUGGCUGUGAAGGGCGUCACGUUCUCGAUCUUUCCCGGGGAGGUGUUCGGGCUCCUGGGGACUAACGGCGCGGGCAAGACGACGACGAUCUCGAUGCUGUGCCAGCAGCUCCUGCCGACGGGCGGCCGCGCGUACGUGUGCGGGUACGACAUCGUUGAGCAGCGCGAGGAGGCGCUGCGGUGCAUCGGGUACUGCCCGCAGUUCGACGCGACGCUGGACCUGCUGACGGUGGAGGAGCAGCUGCAGCUGUACGCUGGCAUCCGCGGGAUCGUGCGCGCGGAGUGGCCUGCGCUUGUGGACGCGCUGUGCACGCUGUGCGAGCUGACGAUGUACCGCCAGACGGUGACGGGCGCGCUGUCCGGCGGCAACCGGCGCAAGCUGUCUGUGGCGGUGGCGCUGGUGGGCGGCCCGCAGGUGGUCUUCCUGGACGAGCCGUCGGCCGGCAUGGACCCCGUUGCGCGACGCGGGAUGUGGACUGCGAUCCAGCGCGCCGCGGGGCACUGCUCCGUUGUGCUGACGACGCACCACUUGGAGGAGGUGGAGGCGCUUGCGGACAUUGUAGCGAUCAUGGUGCGCGGGUACGUGCGGUGCAUUGGCGACAAGGUGCACCUGAAGAACAAGUUCGGCAGCGCCUUCGAGGUGAGCGCGCGGCUUGCGUCGGCGAAGUGGGCGAGGUGCUUUGAGUCGUUCAUGAAGGCGGAGUUCCCCGAGGCCGUGGUGGUUGAAGGCGCGGACCGGCGGUUCGUGUACCAGCUGCCGCGCGACCGCGGCUUUGGCGACGUGUUCCAGACGUUCCAGGCGAACAAGGAGCGGCUGCACGUCACAGACUACAGUGUGUCGCAGACGUCUAUUGAGCAGGUCUUCCUGCGUGUUAGCGAAACCUCAAAGCAUCUGUAG